AUGGUCUUCAAAGCUCUAACAACCGCGCUCAAGCUAAAUGCGCAAGACAGCAAAAUAAAAUCCUCGGGGCAUCGGACGGUUCUGACGAAAGCAAUGUGUCCGAAAGAGUUACGCAUGUACUUGAGUGCUUGCAAAUUCCUCGCCACGUGCCUCCUUAUGCCGGAAUAUAAAGCGCCACAAUUUCCCUUUUACCGCUGGGUGUUUGUUGAUGAGGUCCCAUCAUCCAAAGGUUCCCAGUCGUUGUCCAGAUCAUCCUCGGCGAAUGUACCACAGUCUUUCAUUCCUUACAUCACAGAAGUAACUAAGUUAUUACAGCUUCCCGUUCCCCAAGAUAAUGUAAUGCUUCGCAUUCCGGGCACACUGAAAGCAGUGUUCAACUACUACUCUGUGCUCUUAGAAUCAAUUCGUGAAAGCUCUGAAACACCCCUAGCCGCAUUGAAUGUGCUUUCUCGGAAUGCUGUGUUAACCGAAGCAGCUAGUUUCGGUCAGGUUGUGACCUGGUAUGGAUUUAUUAAGACCUUGGCCAAAUGUUUGGAGACAAGAUCUAACAAUCCCACAGAUCAUCUGAUUAACAGUUCGACGGCUGAAAACGGGGUUAUUCUUGAACUGGCAUUGGAAGCUGCGUUGGCACAAGAGUUUCCUGAGGCGAUCGCUUCACGAUGA